AUGAAGUAUCUUCUGUUAUUAGGCAGCCUGAGUUUGGCCCACGGUCUGGCCUUGUACUAUCCCUACGUAUACACCGCCGAGGGAUCUGCCGUGUUUACGCCCACCCAGCGGCAGUAUAUCGCCAAGGAUCAGUUGGGUCAGUACUCGUAUGGCUAUUCGGAACCUUUGUCCAGCAAACAGGAGACCCACACCCUGGACGGAGUCACCCAGGGUAGCUACAGCUACCAGGAUGCGGCUGGAAAAUACCAAACGGUUAGAUAUGUGGCCGAUGCCGAUGGUUUCCAUGUGGCAGCCACCAAUCUGCCCAAGGCCAUAGUUCCCCAGGAGUCGCUUGGAUUUGGUCCCAGGAGUGCAUCGCUUCCGGUUCAACAUCCCGUCGAGCAUCCCGUGGUGGGAUCACAUCCAGCAAUCCCACAUCCUGUUGGCCAACAUCCCGUUGAGGUGCCACAUCAUCCCACUCCGGUGGAGAGCGGCCGAAGUGCUCAGCCAGAGGGACACCAGCAUCCAGUGGAGCAUCAUGAGCACUCCAUUGUCGGCGCAUCCGUGGCCGGAUCACCUGGUGGCCAUGUCCAACUGCCUCAUCCCGUGAGUGACACCGUGGAGGUGGCUGCUGCCAAGUCACUUCACCUGAAACGCGUCGAGGAUGAAGCGGUGCGCAACCAGGUGCUGGGCAAGGUGCCGGUUUCAGUGGCCCGCAGCCACCACGUGGUCGUUCCAGCUCCUGUCUACGGGUACACCAUUCCCCGGUACUACACCCCUGGUUUCUACUACUGA